AAGAAAGAGGUAACCUCCUCCCUUGAGACCAUUUGACUGUGACCCCACAGUCCUCUCUCAUCAAUCUCAGACGUGCACAGAACCCUUUGAGGGAGUGAGAAGGGGGAGAGGAGGAGGCGCAGCCUCAUAACCAGGACAGGAGCCUGUGAGGGGGCCCGAAUGGGCAUAGCUCUGACACCCCCACACACCAUCAUCCAGCCUCCACAGCCGGUGGGUGUGCGCUCCUUGCCUUCUCAGGCUCUGACUCUAGACACAGAUGGUUCUAAAUGCUGGCAAAGAUUUUUCCUCGUUUUGUUGGAUCUAAGUCUGCCUCUUUGCCUCCCCAACCCCUCGCACCUGGAGGAGCCAAGAGGAACAAGUAUUGACCCUCUUUCACAUGACAGCCGCUCAAAUACCUCAAGACAGCUAUCAUGCCCAAGUAGCCCCUGCCCUCAGGAAGGACUUGGGAAUGUGAACUCCAGGCAUAAGCUGGAAGGUGGGAGAGCACGAAUGUCACUGGAGGAAGCCUCCGGGAGAAAGGAGAAAGUGGGAGGAAAUACACUGGGCAGGGUGUCCUCUCGUGCGGCUACCAGAGGGUACAAGUAAGGUCAGCAAGAGCAAGAUGCCUUGGCCACUACCGGGAGAAAAGGGGAAACAACCCCCUAAGACAAGGGAAAAUGGUCUUGGACAGCAGUGGGACCUGAGCACAAUGGAAUAAGUCUGAAAUUUUCUGCUUUUUUCAAGAAUCAGGUGGGAGUAUCUGUGACCUAAGCCCCUGAAAAGUGUCCCUCGGGGGAGUCCAUUCAGGCCAUGGACAAGACUCUCCACCCUCCUCAGGAGGGCUCAGACUUGAGCUCUGAAAUUUGACUGCCUGUUUGCAUAUUUCCAUCUCUUGGUUGAAGAGAUGAAAGUACCUCUUGUGUUGCCACUGAACAGUGACCUCACUGCUCAGUGUUUAUGGUACCCAAGAGAUAAGUAGCUAAGCACCCUGCCUGCUCUGACAGUCUGAGCGGAGGGAGGGGACACUCAGAUACUGGAAAGGAGCAGGCUGGGCAAGAAGCCACCAUGGACAAGAAUGCAGCUGAGGGCUACUUCCCUGACAGCCACUGGCUCUACUUCUCUGUCUACCUCUUCACCUUCCUCACUGGCCUUCCCCUCAACUUGGUGGCCCUGAUUGUCUUUGUGGGUAAACUGAGGCGUCGCCCUGUGGCUGUGGAUGUCCUUCUGCUCAACCUGACCAUCUCUGAUGUGCUCUUGCUAGUUUUCCUGCCCUUCCGGAUGGUGGAGGCAGCGAGCAGCAUGUACUGGCCUCUGCCCUUCAUCUUAUGCCCCAUCUCAGGCUUUCUUUUCUAUUCCACUAUCUACCUUACCUCCCUCACCCUCACAGCUGUGAGUGUGGAGCGAUUCCUGGGGGUGGCCUACCCUCUGUGGUACAAGACCCAGCCACGAGCUGGCCAGGCUGGCUUGGUCAGUGUUGGCUGUUGGCUGUUGGUUGGUGCCCACUGCAGUGUGGUCUAUGUUGCUGAAUAUUUGGGGGACACUUUCCAAAAGCAACAAACCAAUCGGACCUGCUACCUGGAUUUUAGGGAAGACCAGUUGGCCAUUGUGCUGCCUGUCAGGCUCGAGAUGGCUGUGGUCCUCUUUGGGGUCCCACUGGUUAUUGCCAGCUACUGCUAUGGUCGAAUGGUGUGGAUCCUGAGCAAGGGGGGCAGCUGGAAGAGGAGAAAAAGGGUGGCAGGGCUGAUAGGGGCCACCAUGCUCAAUUUUCUACUCUGCUUUGGCCCGUACAACGCGUCCCACAUCGUCGGCUAUAUCCAGGGCAAGAGUCCAAGAUGGCGCGGGUAUGUGUUGCUGCUCAGCACCCUGAACUCCUGCGUUGAUCCCCUGGUUUUCUACUUCUCGUCAUCUGGCUUCCAGAGGGACUUCCACAGGUUGUUCAGGAGUCUGACGGAAGCUGCAGGUCUUUGGGGAAAAAAUGGGUCGGGAAUACAAAGAAAAGGACAGGAGAAGGAACUGUCCAAUAGCUAAAAGAGGGAACAUGGAGUCAAGGCCAUGGAGUGAAAGAGGGGAUCAGAGGGCGAGCUGAGCUCCCUGGCAAA